AUGUCGCCGGCCUCUUCACCCCCAGCCCUUGUUAUGGGCGGAGCAGGCUUCAGCUACCAACUGAAUCCUGAGCCUGAAUCUCUUCCUAUCGUCGACAUCCUCUUGCGCGCAUUCGAACUUGGCGUGCGCACUAUUGACACAUCGCCAUACUAUGAGCCUUCUGAGCAACUCAUGGGCGCUGCAUUAUCAGAUCCCAGAAUUCAGUCCAAAUACCAACGUAGCGACUACGAAUUAAUGACCAAGGUUGGCCGCAUCAAGGAAAAUGAGUUCGAUUACUCCCCGGACUGGAUCCGGAAAUCUGUUGCUCGGUCGUUGGAGCGGUUUGGGACUACGUAUUUAGACGUGGUGUUUUGCCAUGAUGUUGAGUACGUAUCCCUAGACGAAGCUGUCACAGCUGUCGGUGUACUGAUGGAACUCCAACGAGCUGGAGUUAUACUGCGGGUUGGAAUCUCAGGCUAUGAUAUUGAUGUCCUGGCCGAAGUUGCUAGCCUUGCGCGGAAGAAAUAUGGACACCCUGUCGACGUUGUCCAAACCUGGGCACAGCUUACCCUUCAGAACACGCAAGCCGAGACUCGUGGUUUUGAUCGGUUCCGCACCGCUGGUGUAAAUUCAGUAUUCUGCUCAAGCCCGCUGGCUGUUGGAUUAUUGAGAACAGGCGGGAUCCCUGUUGGACUGACAGGCGAUUGGCAUCCAGCACCGCAAGGUCUUAGAGCUGCCUCAGCUGAAGCCGCAGAGUGGAUGGACAAGCAUGGAGAUGGAGAAACUCUAUGCUCGCUCGCGAUGCAAUAUGCUAUUGUGAAAGCGAAGCAGAACUGCACCCCCUCUUUCUCGGUAUCAACUAUAUCAGGAAUCAGCACUCUUUCAGACCUGGAGCAGAAUGUUGUUGCAGUCAAGAGAGUACUCAAGACUGAUGGAAACUCUGAGAGCUUGCUGGACUGGACCGAGCUAGAGUCUCAAGCAGUGGAGAGCAUAAUGUCGCUCGCUGAGCGUGUUCGUCUUAUCAUUGGGAAAUGGUUAGACUACGACUUUUCUGAGAAGAAGCUCAAGAUAGCGACGAGUGACUCCAACGAAGAGAACACCAGCGAUUCCGAUGCAGUAAAUAUCGAAACAGAAAAGACUAGGGAGUUGAAGCAAUUCGCAGCGAUCGGAGUGGUAGCGUAA